GGCCGCCGGUCCUGCUGGCGAUGUGCCAGCGUGGGCCCCCCCCCGUCCUCGGGGCUGGGGCCCUGUCCCUGCCGGCCUUAGGCCGCGAGGCCGUUGCUGGGAGUGCCGGGCCUCGGGGGGGGCGGCCCCCUAAGUGGGGCUUUGUGCGUCCCCCCUGCUCGGCGGGCGGUUGGAGGGACCCCCUGUAAUCAGGCGGGUGUCCCGCGGGGUCCCCCGGCCUCUCACGGGCGUGGGGCUGGGCGUGUGCCCUCCCUGCCCUCGGGGCCCAGCUCAGGGCCUUAGGCCACGAGCCCCAGUGCCUGGCCCUUGAGCCAGGUACUUGAUGCCGCGGGGGAAGGCCGAGCUCCGUGGCUCCCUGGGUGUGGACCCGCCUGUAAGCAGGGUCCGGGUCUGGGAGCCUUUGCGCUCCCUCAGCUGGCAGCCUGUGCGGGGCGACCGCCCCGUUAGCGGGGAGCGGGUCAGGUGCCCCCCGAAGCGGAGAGAAGGAGCCUCCGUAGGCCUUUGGGCCCAGGGCCCCCCCUGUAAGUCGGGGUCAGUGCCCUGGUGUCCCAGGCCCUUUGUGGUCCAGGCAGCGGCCGGAGCCCCCUGUAAGCAGGGCGGCAGCCUCUUUGGCCGCUGCUUCGCGUGCCCAGCUGCCUUUGCCCAGAGGGCCCGGCUCCCCGCAGCGGGUGGGACUGCGCCGUGCGUCGCCGUGAAGCCGUCGGAGAAGAGAGCGGAAGAGGCGUCGCGCGGGACGGCAGCGCCGGCGCGGGAAGACGCCGCGGAGCCCUCCGAGAAGAAAGCAGAGCCGUGGAGCGGGACGGCGAGGCAAGAGCGAGGAAGAAGAGCGUCGGCUUCGCGCUCAAGAGGGGGCGGGAGAAAGGCCCUCUGGGCAAAGGCCCCUCCCUUGGCAUCCCCGGGGCAGGGAUCCCAAAGAGUCCGGCGGGCAGCUUCCGGCUGCGCCGGCCGGCUUGGCGCUGGGCGGACCUCCCUGUAAGCAGGGCUGGGUCCUUUGCUUUGCUUGGCGUUGGCCUUUUGCCAUCGCGCUCCUGUGGCUGCCCGGAGAGAGGGGCAACCGCCCUGUAAGGAGGGCGAGAGUGCCCGCCUCCGCGCCCGAGGGGGGACACGGAGCUCUCCCGACCCCCGGCCCGCCCGCCCCGUAAGCGGGGCAGGGCUUUUUCCCUUGGCACCUUUGGUGCCUGCUGGCGGCCCCUGGCCAGAGUGACCCCCCGUAGUCGGGGUGUGUCACGGCCUGUGUCCCUUGCCCCUCAGCACGCCGAGGCCCUUCUGGCCCGCGCGCAGCCCGGGGCCACUAACGGGCUUCUCUCCGUCCUCGGGAACAGGGGGCGAGCCCGAGGCUCUCCUCCCCUGCUCGGCGGCAGGGCCGGCUCCCCACGGCUUGGCGCACAGAGCUUGCUCCCUCUUCUGGGACGUUCCCCCUUUGUGUCCUUGUCCCGUCGGUGUGAGUGAGCGAGCGAGCGAGCUGGUCCCUCCUGUAGCCCCCGUAGAGAUGUAGGCAGCGUAGCUUAGACUUCCCAGGAGGGAAAGAGGGGCUCUGUGUGCCAACCCGUGGGGAGUCAGCCCCGCUGCCGAG